AUGGGGGGUUUCAAAGACUUUAUCAACAAGCUCGCUCCAAAGGACGCUGCCUAUAGUCAUGAACAGCCGUUGCAUUCGCAGCGAGCACAACAGCCAACUACCAAUGUCUUGCCUUCACACGUUCGAUCGCCUUCAGAGAGACCUGGCGCUGUCGCUAGCAGCCAGUCUCAAACACAACAGUCGGGUAGCAACACCUCUGAGAAAGCCACUAUGGCGUCAAUAAACCCUACCAUGGGAGGUAACAGUAGGCUGCAGUAUUCUGACAUACAGGUGCCUGCAAAAAGUCCUAUUAUGGGGCGUAAUGAGUUUGGCCCAUCUCUGGAAGACCGCCAGGAGGAAGCGAUACUCAAGUGGAUCAACUCCAGGAAGCCCGUCACUGGAGAACCAGAACGAGUCCUUGGCUUGGUACAACAGUUCCCAGACCCUGAUGAUAAGGUGGCAACCGCUGAUGCCGAAGUCGAGUAUGUUUCAUUCCUAAAGCUUGCUAGGACGGUCACUGAUAGUCAGGAAAGCAUCAUUGCCCUGCAUGGACUUAUUGCUCGUUCUCCCGACACGUGGGUUGCCUUUAAGGACGGAAAGGAUCCUGAUUCGGGCAGGAGAGUCUGGCUUAAAGAUGUCGAGUUGCUACCAAGCGUCAUACCGAAUGCUCGAAUCCUAUGCUACGACUGGCUGUCCAACUACCGCCACGAUGCUUCCCAAAAGCGAUUCGACGACCAUGCUGCUACCCUGCUUAAAGUUCUGAAUGAUGACCGGGACAUGAAUGAAAGGCAAAACCGACCUAUCAUCUUUGUUGCUUCCUGCUUCGGUGGGUUGCUUCUUGCUAAUGCCCUCCUCAGAGCUGAAGAUUCCUACCGACAGGAUUCGGCGCGCAAUCGGCGUCUUCUCAACCUCACCGUUGGUGCAGUAUUCCUUGGAACUCCCUUUAAAGGAAGCUGGGAGACAGGCUACGCCAGCCACAGUCUAUGGUACAAGAUUGCCUUGCUAGAAGGAGAUAAUUGCUCGCCUGAGCUCAUUCAGUAUCUGAGGUCCGACAGACGAAGUGACAACAAAGGCCAGCCAAGUCCACUCACUAGCAUGAUCGAGAGGUUUGCCGAACUUACAAAUGAUGGAAAGUACAAGUUCCCUAUAAUGUGCUUUUUUGAGGAACUUCCUGCGAGUUUUGGAGCAAUAGUUCGGGAUAUCCCGGAUGACGUCCUCGAACUAUUUGGAAUAGAUAAAAAUGGGAAGGGUGUAACCGUCCCCGAGGAUUAUGCAACCCUCGAUGGCGUUCCAAAGCUAGGCCUUCCAGUCAGGCACAAUUUGCUGCAUAGGCACUACCAUCCAGAUGACAUGGGCUUUAUACAGAUAUCAAGAUGUCUGAAAGGGUAUGUGGAAAAUGCCUUCUCUACGUUGCGUCUGAAGGAUCACUUUCAGUAUGACCUUAGCAUUGGCCAUGCCCAGAGAAUGGCAGACUCGCUCCAGAUUGAUGAUUCAAUGUCUAUCAAGAAGCAAAAUGACACUCUGGCCAUGAGAGAGCCCGAAACGGGCGAUUGGUUACUGGUCUCGGAUGAAUUCCGAACCUUUAAGAGAAAGUCAUCUCAGACCCUAUUUUGCCCAGGUAUUUCUGGCGCAGGCAAGACGGUCCUUACAUCGGCAGUUAUUGAGCACCUAGCCACAACAGUUUGCAACAGAAGUGGAAAUCCUAUGCUAGCAUAUGUGUAUUGCAGCUUUGACUUGCAAGCGAAUCAAACUGCAGAACUUCUUCUCCGCGCUUUGCUGAAGCAAAUGAUACAAUCUUGCUCAGAGGUCCCCGAAGGCGUCAGAACUCUUUUUGGGGGUAGGCUGCAGACCGCAAAGAGGCCGCCUAACCUGUCAGAGACACUUUGGGCCAUGCAGGAGAUAGCUGCGCGAUCAAAGCUGUUUAUUGUGGUUGACGCCCUGGAUGAGCUGCGUCCUAGCGAGGCGUGGAGGUUCAUGGAGAAGGUUUUUGAACUCCAGACACGUUCCGACGUGAGAAUCUUCGCGACUUCACAAUUCGUGCCCGAAAUCGAGAGGAUGUUUGGGCAAGCUCCUAAGCUGCGCAUCCGUGCUCAUGAACGAGAUAUUGCUCGCUACGUUGAGGGAAAUCUAGGCCAGGUCUCUAGGUUCCUCCACGAUCAGAGCCCGCAACUUAAGGCCAGUAUUGUUGAUGCUAUUACUAUUGCCUCUGAUGGGAUGUUUCUUCUAGCACGACUUUACCUCUACUCACUUGAGGAUAAGAGAAGAGUGGACGACGUUAAAGCCGCUCUGAGAGAAUUUGAUAUCAAGGCGAGGAAGGGAGGCAGCAUUGGUCCUUCGGACGCCUUGAAUGACGCAUACUCAAAGUCCUUAGAGAGGAUAAACCGCCAGAAGCCAGGUCUGCGCAGUCUCGCCAAAAGGGUACUGACUUGGUUGACAUUCGCUCAAGAGCCCCUCGACAUAGCUGAGCUAAAACACGCCAUCGUCUUUGAAGAAGACCCACGCACUACGGGUAUCGAUUUCGAAAGAAUGUACCCCAUAUCUGAGUUAGUCGGUGUUUGUGCUGGCCUAGUCUCCGUGGAGGCGGAAAGCGGUCAUGUUGUCCUGCUCCACUGGACAGCCAAGAGAUAUUUUGAGACGUACCUCGAUGAGGUCGACAAGCAGGGAACCGAUAGUCCAGCCGCCAAUACGAGCAAAGCUGAGCAGAUCAAACUCAACACCCAUAGAAGGCUGGCCAUGGUUUGCCUCAGCUGCGUAAACUCGGACGUGUUCCAGUCCGGGCCCCUACCACGUAUACAGGAGCUAGCACAAAGGCUUUUUGUGUAUCCACUAUAUGGCUACGCUAGCAAGAACUGGGGACGUCACGUCCGCAUCAUCUUGCAUGUCCUAGAUUCCGAGACCAGGAGUCUGAUCACGAGUUUCCUCAAAGACCAAGCAAAGACAGCCGCCUCGAGCCAAGCUCAGCUUUACUCUAUCUCAAGCCAAUCCGUUCUCUCGAUAGCAUGGCUUCCAGAGCCCAAGGAGUCUUUGUCAUGGGGUCCUGAGUUUGGACUUGGGCUUCCAAAGCAACGCUUCAAUCUGCUAAAUCGCGCCCCGUCAGGACUAGCCAUACACGUUGCCUCGUCCUUCGGGCUUACUCCCUUUGUUAAAUUGCUACUCGAUAGCAAGCACCCGCCAGAUUAUGUGGAUGGGGCCGGUAUGACGCCUCUCUCCUAUGCUGCUUCCAUUGGCGAAGGUGAACUCAUUACGCUACUCUUAAAAGGAAAGUAUCGCGUCAAUCCUACUCACAAGAGUCCAAACGGUUUUACCCCACUUUGCUGGGCGGCCAGUAAAGGGCAUAAGCAUGCCGUUGGGAUCCUACUUCAGGUUGAUACUUUGAAAGAAAGUAGGACAAAAGCAUUGGAACUUGCAAGAGAUAGAGGUUAUAAACAUAUAGUACAUCUACUAAAGUAA